AUGCCGACCUCCUUAGUUUUCGUCGAUUUCCUCGCCCUCGGUUUGCUUCUCUACACCGCGAGACGUCAUUUACCACCAGGUCCAGCUGGAUGGCCUGUCAUCGGUAAUAUCCUGGACAUGCCAUCUAGCUACGAGUGGAAGACCUUCGCCCGCUGGGGAGAGAGAUGGGGUGACAUGAUGUCUGUCAAUCUCUUCGGCAAACACAUGAUAAUCCUCGAUUCAUUCGAAGUUGCCAACGAUCUACUCGACAAGAAGAGUUCGAUUUAUUCGGACAGACCGGUAUUACACGUUUCCGGCGAGAUGAUCGGAUGGAAGCGCAUUCUUGUGCUCAUGCAGUAUGGUCCUCGCGUACGCGAGGUACGUCGGCUCUUUUCGCGGACCCUGGGAACACACAGUAGGCUCGCGGAGUUGUCCGGUGAUCUGGAAAAGGAGGCACACGGGUUUCUGCGUCGCGUCGCGGAGAACCCUUCGUCAUUGACAAAGCAGGUGCAGAGAUUCGCGGGAUCGUCCAUCUUGAAGAUUAUCUAUGGAUACACCGUUGAGAAGGAGAAUGAUGAAUAUCUCCGAAUUGUUGAUACAGCGAUGGACGAAUUCUCUGUGGCGACGGCACCGGGAGCAUACCUAGCUGAUAUAUUUCCUAUCCUCACGCACAUUCCUGCAUGGUUUCCUGGAGCGCAAUGGAAGAGGACAGCACAAGUUUGGCGGAAAGACCUCGACAUGAUGCGCAAUAUUCCAUUUGAGUUCACUAAGGCGCAGAUGGGUGCGGGAACGGCAGUCACAAGCAUGGUGGCUUCGAGUUUAGGCGGCGAUGCUGAUCCUCAGCGAGAGUCAAUCGUCAAAGACGCUGCGUCGUCCAUGUACGCAGGUGAGCACUGCGCUCAUCUGUCUACUUGCGCUCGAGUCGACACUGUCUCUACAAUGCGCUCAUUCUUCCUAGCUAUGAUGUGUCAUUCGGACGUGCAGAAGAAGGCUCAAGCCGAGAUUGACCGCGUCGUAGGGUCAAACAGGCUCCCAGUAAUCGCAGAUCGAGACAACCUGCCUUACACAAAGGCCUUGUGCUGGGAGAUCUUGCGGUGGCGACCUAUCGGUCCUUUGGGGAUACCUCAUCGCCUGGCCCAGGAUGACACGCAUGCCGGCUAUUUCCUCCCAAAAGGAAGUGUUGUGAUAGCCAAUAUCUGGAAAAUGCUUCGUGAUCCACGGCAUUACUCAAAUCCUGAGCAAUUCAAUCCGGACAGGUUUCUUCCGCGAGAAGGGUCGGAGCCUGAACGCGACCCUCGCCACAUCGUGUUCGGGUUUGGAAGACGUCAUAUAUGUUCACAGCUCGCUGAGACGAGUUUGUUCUUGAUCUGUGCCACGUCCCUCGCCGCGUUCGAAAUCUCCAAACCUGUCAUAGAUGGCAAGGUUAUUGAACCUUCGAUGGAGUAUACCACUGGAACCAUCACCCAUCCGCAAGAGUUCCAAUGCGCCAUCAAGCCACGAUCCUCCAAGGCGGAGGCUCUACUGUCUGCGUAUGAGCGUGGUGAUUGAACAUGUUUGAUGCGAUGCCGAAGUGUAAGUGUUCGUCGGAGUCGAACACUGGGUUUCUCUUGGUAUCAAUGAUAAUUGAUAAGUACAGUAUCUCUCGAGCGUAGUGACUAAAUGGAAUCUCCUCUUCCUCUCGCGGUUGUUCUUCAAGUUGUACUAGUACAGUACUUACGCUCUGUUAAGCGUUGUUCGGAAUCAAUUUCCUUUGACGAUA